AUGUCUGCAUUGGGGGUGGUGUUACGGAUGUUUGCAUUGGGGGUGGUGCUACAGAUGUCUGCAUUGGGGGUGGUGUUACGGAUGUUUGCAUUGGGGGUGGUGCUACAGAUGUCUGCAUUGGGGGUGGUGUUACGGAUGUUUGCAUUGGGGGUGGUGUUACGGAUGUUUGCAUUGGGGGUGGUGCUACAGAUGUCUGCAUUGGGGGUGGUGUUACGGAUGUUUGCAUUGGGGGUGGUGUUACGGAUGUUUGCAUUGGGGGUGGUGCUACAGAUGUCUGCAUUGGGGGUGGUGUUACGGAUGUUUGCAUUGGGGGUGGUGUUACAGAUGGAGAAUUACGAAUCGUUCGUGGAGUCGGAGAAACACGACUCGGUUGUGACACUGCGCACGGAUAAGUGUGGGCGCCCCCUGCUGGAGACUCCAGAGGAUCUGUACAGUAUACUGCAGCAGAAGAAGAAACAACAGAGACAGAGAGCAGAGAAGAAAAGAGAAGGGGAAGUGACAGUAGUGCCGUACUUUGUGGAUGAGGAAGACUUCUUUGAAGCGUGUGAAGAGCAGACGCUGUCGGUGAUUCAGAGAUAUCUGCAGAUCAAAGGAGACGUGAACGUCAGGGACCAGUUCGGUCGCUCCGCUCUCCACAGAGCUGCUCUCAGAGGUCACUCAGAUGUCGUCUGUUUCCUGCUUCAGAACGGAGCUGACGUCACGGCAACCGACAAGUUGGACAGUACUUGUCUUCAUGCCGCGGCUCGCGGAGGAAAUCCUGAAGUGAUUGAAAAAUUACUGCAACAAGGAGCAGAUAUGAGUGCACUGGACAAGUUGAACAGUACUCCGCUGCACGUGUCAGUGAGGGCGGGACAUCAGAGCUGCACUGAGCUGCUCAUCCAAUCAGGAGCCUCCGUCAACUCCCAGGACAAGGAGGGGGACAGUCCGCUGCAUGAUGCUGUGAGACUGAACAGGAUCCAGAUGAUUCACCUGCUGCUGAAGAAUGGAGCCGAGAAAGAGGUCUCCAACCAGGAGGGUCUGUGUCCUCUUGAACUGGUCGUCGAGUGGCAGUCAGAGAUCAGAGUUCUGCUGCAACAGAAGAGUGUCCCCUAA